AUGAGAUUGAUCACACAUAACAUGCUGCAGUGCCAUGUCAAGAACUGCAACACAAACAACUUCCCUUUGAACUUUCAAGAUGCCCAACUUGAACUCAUUGAGGCUGAUUUCAAUCCGGAGUUUCUGGUCAACAUGUUACCAAAGCUUGAAUGGGAAGCAUUGGUGAACACUACCGUACAGCUUGGAAUUUCGACCUUACCAGCACAGCUCCCAGAGAAUGCAGCAGAAAACGAAGAGUUCUUAAAGUUACUUCAUAACACGAUCCUCGAGACUCAUGUGCAGCAGGGAAAAAUGAUUUGUCCCAACUGUAAACACGAAUACAAAAUCAAGGAUGGUAUCCCCAACAUGCUGCUUGCCGAACACGAAAUUUGA